AUUUCCCACCCAUCAAAAUCCCAACUUAAACCUAUUUAUUUCAACUAUACCUAUCCGUAACAGGUAUAUAUACGUCUCCAUGCGCGCAAUCCAGUACUCAAAUAUCAUAUAUCCUUCUAAAGUCACACUUGAAAAUGGUUGAAACACCCCGAUCCGCUUACGGCAAUGCCGGCGGUUUCUUACCGGCCGGCACCUCAUUACCUUCUCCCGCCCCUAGUACAGCAUCCAAUAAGGUAGCUGCACGCCUCCCGCGUCCGCGAUCAAAACCUCUAGCUCGGGGUUCGAGGAAAGAAGAUUAUGCAAGAAACUAUGUCUCCGAGCGACUAUUACACAUAUCGCGCCGAUACGUUAAGAAGCAUGGUAUCCCCGACCCUGCUGAUGAGGUAAACGGCUAUACGGACAUAGACGAGUUAUGCAAAGACCUCGAAGAUGUCGUUGAUGUACUUUGGUUUUCGGGUACACCCAGUCUUCAAAUCCCGUACCUCCUUAAUGUCGCACUCGCAUUUAACACGUAUCUACCAUCCUUCUCGCCAUCACCGCCGCCCACAUUUGCGCUGCUGAAGAAACUCGACCACUGUUUCGCUAGCCUCCUUGUAGGCCACGAUAUUAAAUCAGGCGUCCCUUUACCAGGGCUCCAAGGCAAUGGAAGAGGGCUUACGAAAACCGAUAUGGUGCGCUGUAAAAGUAUUGCUGAUGAGACCCGCAUGCUGGUCGCAGUGAUUAUGAGCGACGAGCCCGAUGUCGGGGCAUAUGCAGACGCAAGCGAUGAUGAUAAUGAUAUCGGGCAGCCACCUACGAGGAAAAACAUCGGCGUUUCAUUCUCUACGGGGUUAAUACAGACACCUAUUCCGUACAGCGGUAAUAGUAAUAGCAGGGUUAAGCCCAAAGAUAUUAUAGACUUUGAAAAUGACACAGACUUGGGUGACGUCGAAGAACCACGCCAUGCUAUACCUAAACGCAAAGCCAGCGCUACCGAUUUAGGCGACGAGAGGCCAGAGGAUAAGAAAAGGAUACAAGUUGAGGAAGAGGAGCCAACGCCGAAGUUUAGUGAUGCGGCGCCGGGGGCUCGGAGUCCGGUUCCGAGUCCGGUUCCGGCACUCGAUGGACCCGGUCCACAUCAACCCGACGGCAAGUUCCAUUGGAUGGUAGAUGACGAUGAAGAUUCCGAUGAGGAAACAGCCCGGAAUACAAAAGCAAGCUUCAACACUUCUACUACUCCCCCAUCAACGAUACAUAUGGCUCCCGACACUGAACAGGAUACGGGCGAGCUAAGUAUAGAGUUAGAUGAGGAAGAGGAGGAGCUGCAACUAAAUGUAGGCCAGGUAUAUGAAAAGACGUUGGUACAGCUCGGCAAAUCACUAGGCGAGCCUAUAACGUACGAUUAGCAAACUUCGCAUAUAGGUAACUAUAGUUAAAUAUAAGACGGUAUAGUUACUACAAUAUUAGGUAGUAUACCUACAUAAUUAGCGUGGCUAUAAUAUAAUAAACAAUAAGAAGUCAAGUAUAAAGCAUACCUAGGUAGU